AUGGUCUUAGCAGAUUUAGGACGAAAAAUAAACGCUGCAUUAGCGCAAAUCAAUAAAGAACCUAUAAUCGAUGAGAAAGUACUCGAUGCGCUUCUCAAGGAAAUAUGUCACGCACUGUUAGAAGCUGAUGUUAACGUAAGACUUGUGGGUAAUCUAAGAAAAAAUGUGAGAACUACAGUAAAUAUACAAGAUCUAGCAGCCGGAAUCAAUAAACGGAAAAUAAUACAAAAGACGGUCGUCGAUGAAUUAUGUAAACUUGUUGAUCCAGGUGUUGAGCCGUAUAUUCCCAAACGCGGCAAACAGAAUAUAAUUAUGUUUGUUGGUUUGCAGGGUAGUGGUAAAACGACGACAUGUACAAAGCUGGCAUAUUAUUAUCAACGUAAAGGAUGGAAAACAUGUCUUGUGUGUGCUGAUACUUUUCGUGCUGGUGCUUUCGAUCAAUUGAAGCAGAAUGCUAUUAAAGCUAAUAUACCAUAUUAUGGAAGCUAUACCGAAACAGAUCCCGUCCAGAUAGCGCAUGAAGGCGUGGAAAAAUUCAAAAAGGAAGGAUUCGAAAUAAUAAUAGUAGAUACUUCCGGAAGGCAUAAACAAGAAGCAGAGUUAUUCGAAGAAAUGAAACAAAUAUCUACCAUUGUAAAUCCUCAUAAUACAAUAUUUGUGAUGGAUGGAACGAUUGGUCAGGCCGCUGAGGCACAAGCAAAGGCAUUUCAUGAAACGGCGGAUAUUGGUUCAAUUAUUAUAACUAAAAUGGAUGGUCAUGCUAAAGGUGGUGGUGCUAUUUCUGCCCCAAUAAUUUUCAUUGGUACUGGUGAACAUAUACAUGACUUAGAGGGAUUUGAUGCCAGACGAUUUGUAUCUAAAAUGCUCGGGAUGGGUGAUAUUUCUGGCUUAAUGGAAACUGUACAGGAUUUGAAAUUGGAUCAGAAUAAGAAUCUAAUGAAAAAUCUUGAACAAGGAAUUUUUACGAUAAGGGAUAUGUAUGAACAAUUCCAAAACAUAUCAAAGAUGGGUCCACUCUCAAAGAUGAUGCAAAUGGUACCUGGGAUGUCAGAACUUAAUCUACAAGGAUCCGAUGAACUGGGAGCUCAACGAAUAAAAAGAUUAAUGACCAUCAUGGAUAGUAUGAACGAAACGGAACUUGAUUCCGAUGGGAAAAUCUUUCAACAGCAGCCAGCUCGGAUAGUACGUGUCGCUAGAGGUUCAGGGACUUCGGUGCAGGAAGUUGAAGAAUUGUUGAUCCAACAUAAAUCUUUCCAGGGAAUGGUUAAGAGGUUUGGUGGAAAUAAGGGUAUACUUAAAGGCAUGGGUCCGG